CAGGGCGUUGGCUGCAGAGCCAUGGUGAAGACGUAGAACCGAACCUGAUUGCUAUGGAGGAAGAGCCGCCUCCGCCGCCUGUGCCGCCUGCUCCACCGCCGCCACCUCCACCACCAUCAGAGGAGAAGGACCAACACGCCAGUCCAAAAAAGAAAGCUGGUCAGGGCUUCGUGGUGAACACCAGCGACUGUGUGGGAAAAUCCUCCAAAGACCUAUUCUCCUAUGUCGCAGCAUCUCUGGGCUGGAAAGAGGUGGAUCUGCCCGAUGCCAAAGUGCGACCCAGCAUCUUUUGUGUCAUGCAGAGUGCAGAUUUGUUGAAGCGCUUACCCUUGAGCCCCCAGAGCUGGGCUUCUCGAUAUCUUGGAGCGCCGGAUGUUUGUGACAAAGGCAACUUCGCGCGGAUGCUGCGGGCGACCAGAAGCCUUUGCUCAGAAGACUACUUCUCCUUCUCGCCCAAAACCUGGGUCUUGCCGGAAGAGCUAACAGAUUUGCGCAGUACCUUGGAGAAGUCCAAAGGAACUUUCAUCGUGAAACCUGAAGAUGGCUCUCAGGGAGAUGGAAUCUUUCUGGUGCGCGGCUUGAGAAACUUUGACGUCAAGAUUUCAACACAAGCUCCCAAAGCUGUGGUCCAGAAGUACAUCAGCAAACCUUUGCUCUUGGGCAGCCUCAAGUUUGACUUGCGCAUGUACGUCUUGGUGGCAGGGGGGUGCUCUGAUUCUCCACCAGUGGUUCAGCUUUGUCGGGAAGGCCUCGCUCGCUUCUGCACAGAAGCCUAUGAAGAGCCAAACCAGAAGAACAUGCACCACUGUAUGGGCCAUUUGACCAACUACUCACUCAACAAGCGCAGUGAAAAGUUCGAGCAUUGUGGUCAAUCCAUGGCGGACGUGUUUGGGGAUGAGAAUACCUCCUCCAAGCGACCGCUGACCGUGUGCUUGAGACAACUCUCUCAGGAGUACCCAGAUUUCAACCCAGAUGCCUUCUACCAUGAUGUCCAAGUCAUCGCCCAGAGAAGCCUCGCUCUGAUGGCGCCGGUCCUGCUGAGCGGCUCUCGGCCGGAAGCUGGGUCGGAGCGGCGUCUCUUCCAGAUCUUCGGCUUUGACAUCAUGCUGGACAACAAGUACAAAGCUUACUUACUUGAGGUCAACAACUCCCCGUCUCUUUGCAUUGAUGAAGCCUUGCCCGUGGAUGGAAGAGCUUCCGAGCUGGAUGGAAGAGCUUCGAAGACCCGAGAGAAGGACAAGUUGUGCCACUGUAUGGAUAUGGCCCAGGUGCAUUGGCACCAAACAUCUUUGGUGGACUUGGAAAUAAAAUCAGUCAUGAUGCAAGGUGCCUUUCAAAUUCUGGAUCAGUUGCAUCGCUGCGCUCCUUUAGCAGUUUCGAGUUACAUCCCCGUGCCUUUCGACGCAGAGCUUUGGCCUUUGUUGGCCCGUUUGGAGCAGCUCUACAGUCGAUCGGGCGGCGUCAAGAGCUUCAGCAGUACUGCGCUGCGACGGAUCUUCGAGCCGCUCUGUGGGGCGCAGCUUCAGAAGCACGAUCUCGACCUUUUAGCACAGCGCUGUCGUAGCAGCAGCUUCGUGGGUCACGACAAAGCCGCGCGGCCCGACGCUUUGAGAUUCUUUGACUUCGUAGAGGUCCUCAUCCGCGUAGGUGAACGCGCCUUUGGCCGGGGAUCUCCGCGAGAACUUGUGGAAAGGACAUUGAAAGCCUUGGACACAUGAAAAA